AUGGCGACAACGACAUCUGUUAGCCGAAAUGUCUCCAGCGGCAAUGCUGUUCAGAUAAAUGGACAUGUGGCCGAAAACAUCUACAAUCUUAACAUGGUGGCGGCUGACAACGAGCAGAAGAGCGCUUCUGACCCAUCAGUCCUGCAAGGACAGAAUUUGAUGCUCGAAUCCUGCACGAGCGACAGCCGACACUUUGUUCGCGCCAUAUUCCGGCCAACCAUGGCCAACAACUUCAUCGCGCACAAGAUUGUACGCCGACUUGGCCUUACAGUGUACAAAGCCUCAACGUCCACAGUAGAGACUGCCUCGAGUCGCAUCCACCUGCCGUCCACAAACGAAUAUGUCGAGCUCGCUUGUCACUCGCAGGAAGGGAAAGACGCCUUUGUCGUGUAUCGAUUCUUCGUUGUCAAGCAAGGCCGGUUUGAUCUCCUCUUCGGUACUGGCUCGGUCCUGCGCUGA